GAGAGCCGCCGCACCCCUCCCCCUCCCUCGCUGAGAGCCGCCGCACCAGGAGGAGCAGCGAGCGACGAUGGCGGUCGACGACAACGACGAGGCGGUGAUCGCCGCGCUCCGCGCCUCCCACUCCAACAUCGUCUCCAUUCUCCGUGCCUCCGCCCGCAUGGACAAAGGCCUCGCCGCCGUGGACGCCCGCCUCUCCCUCGGCCUCGACUCCCUGGACGCGGUCACCGAGGCGGUGGCACCGCUACAGUCGCAGGCCAUGGCCACCAAGGCCCUCCACGCCCGCAUCAACCGCGCCGUCCCCCUGGCCCUCUCCCUCCUCCGCAGCUUCGCUCUCGUGGAGUCCCUCCAGCGCCGCCUCCUCCGCCUCUCAUCCAGGACCUCCUCCUUACCCCGUCUUCUCGACUUCGUCGACUGCGUGGACUGCCUCCGCGAGACCAUCGCCGCCGUGACGGCCGGGUUUUGAGAGUUAGAAGAUGCAAGGAUGUUCUUCUACAGUUUUCUAUUAUGAAAGUGGCUUCAAGAAUUAUGAUUACAUUUACUUUUGAAUGCACAAAGAUGCAUGUUUGUUAUAAUGUUAAUGGGACAAUGUAAUUUGUAUUUUAUCUAAAUAUGUAAUUGUCUAAGUUUGUAGUUUUUAUUGUUGGGUUGUAAUUUUCAGCUGGACAAUAGUCUUUCAUACAAUUUAUUUUUUUCUA